AAUUAGUAAGUUGUGUGGGCUGGACUACUGCUGAAGAAUUAUAUUCAUGUAGUGAUGAUCACCAGAUAGUGAAAUGGAACUUGUUAACCAGUGAAACAAGUCAAAUUGUAAAGCUUCCUGAUGAUACUUACCCUAUAGAUCUUCACUGGUUUCCAAAAAGUUUAGGCAUAAAGAAACAGACACAAGCAGAAAGCUUUGUUCUCACAAGUUCUGAUGGUAAAUUUCAUUUGAUUUCUAAGUUAGGAAGAGUCGAGAAAAGUGUCGAAGCUCACUGUGGAGCAGUACUUGCAGGAAGAUGGAAUUAUGAAGGUACAGCACUAGUUACAGUUGGAGAAGAUGGACAAAUUAAAAUUUGGUCAAAGACUGGGAUGCUUAGAUCAACUUUAGCUCAGCAAGGAACACCAGUGUAUUCAGUAGCAUGGGGCCCUGAUUCAGAAAAGGUUCUUUAUACAGCAGGCAAACAGCUGGUCAUUAAACCUCUUCAACCAAAUGCUAAAAUUUUACAGUGGAAAGCUCAUGAUGGCAUUAUUUUAAAAGUUGAUUGGAACUCAGUCAAUGAUCUUAUUUUAUCUGCUGGUGAAGAUUGUAAAUAUAAGGUGUGGGAUAGUUAUGGCCGCCUCCUAUACAGUUCACAACCCCAUGAGCAUCCUAUUACCUCAGUUGCCUGGGCUCCAGAUGGAGAAUUAUUUGCUGUUGGAUCGUUUCAUACUUUACGCUUGUGUGAUAAAACUGGGUGGUCUUAUGCUUUAGAAAAACCCAAUACUGGCAGCAUAUUUAAUAUUGCAUGGUCAAUUGAUGGCACUCAGAUUGCUGGAGCCUGCGGAAAUGGACAUGUUGUUUUUGCACAUGUAGUGGAGCAACGUUGGGAGUGGAAAAAUUUUCAAAUAACAUUAACUAAAAGACGGACUAUGCAGGUUCGCAAUGUUCUUAACGAUGCAGUGGAUUUGCUGGAAUUCCGUGAUAGAGUCAUUAAAGCAUCUUUGAACUAUGCACACUUAGUUGUUUCAACGUCUCUUCAAUGUUAUGUGUUCUCUACAAAGAACUGGAAUACACCACUUAUAUUUGAUCUUAAAGAAGGAACUGUUAGUUUAAUUCUACAGGCAGAAAGACAUUUUCUUCUUGUAGAUGGUGGUGGUAUCUAUGUAUAUUCCUAUGAAGGGCGCUUCAUUUCUUCUCCAAAAUUUCCUGGAAUGAGAACAGAUAUUCUUAAUGCACAGACUGUGUCUCUGAGUAAUGAUACUAUAGCAAUAAAAGACAAAGCUGAUGAAAAAAUAAUCUUCCUUUUUGAGGCAUCAACUGGAAAACCACUAGGUGAUGGGAAGCUUCUUUCUCAUAAGAAUGAAAUCUUGGAAAUUGCUCUGGAUCAAAAAGGACUUACCAAUGAUAGAAAAAUUGCAUUCAUUGAUAAAAAUAGAGAUCUCUAUAUCACUUCAGUGAAACGAUUUGGGAAGGAAGAACAAAUUAUCAAACUUGGAACAAUGGUGCAUACUUUGGCAUGGUGUGAUACAUGCAAUAUCCUUUGUGGACUUCAAGAUACUCGAUUCACAGUGUGGUAUUACCCCAAUACGGUUUAUGUGGACAGAGACAUUUUGCCUAAAACUUUGUAUGAAAGAGAUGCAAGUGAAUUUAAUAAAAAUCCUCAUAUUGUGAGUUUUGUUGGAAAUCAGGUAACUAUAAGAAGAGCUGAUGGCUCCCUGGUACACAUCAGCAUAUCACCAUAUCCUGCUAUUCUCCAUGAAUAUGUAAGCAGUUCAAAAUGGGAGGAUGCUGUAAGACUUUGUCGCUUUGUUAAGGAGCAAACCAUGUGGGCUUGCCUAGCUGCUAUGGCACUUGCUAAUCGAGACAUGACUACUGCAGAAAUAGCCUAUGCAGCAAUUGGUGAGAUUGAUAAGGUUCAAUACAUCAAUUCAAUAAAAGAUCUUCCCUCUAAAGAAUCAAAAAUGGCUCACAUACUAAUGUUUAGUGGAAACAUACAGGAGGCUGAAAUAAUACUUCUUCAAGCUGGCCUUAUUUAUCAAGCAAUUCAGAUCAAUAUUAAUCUCUAUAACUGGGAAAGAGCCCUGGAGUUGGCUGUAAAAUACAAAACACAUGUUGAUACAGUUCUUGCUUACCGUCAAAAGUUUUUGGAGACCUUUGGUAAACAGGAAACUAAUAAACGAUACUUGCAAUAUGGAGAAGGUCUUCAAAUAGAUUGGGAGAAAAUCAAAGCCAAAAUUGAGAUGGAAAUUACUAAGGAACGAGAGCGAUCAUCAAGCAGCUUGUCCAGCAAGAACAUGGGGCUAAAGCACUAAGUGACAUGCUAACCUUUAAAAAUGUUAUCUUUUGAAAUUAAUUUUGACUAGACAAAGAUAAGCAUGUUUUGGUUGCUAAAGAAAAAUGCAUCAUCUUUAAAUAAUAAUGAGCACUUUCUGCAUAUUAGUAAAAUACAUUCAGUAAGGUUAAGCGCAGAAUAAUUGAUGUAAUGCCAUCUUUUAUAUUUUUCUAAUUAGCCAUUUCUUUAUACGUCUCUAUACCUGUUGAUUACAUUCCAGUUUUUUCUUUAUUACUUUAUCCCUAAAUCUUCAGUAUCAACAAUAUUAAUGCUGAUAAUAGAACAUUGAAUUCUUUAAAAUGUAUGCUAUCAUUAAUUUAUUUGACCUCCACAUUGUAAAACACCUCCAAAAAUUUAUUAAAAAAAAAUGAUAAUGAUGGAUUUUUGAAAAUGUGUAACAAUGUAGACACUUGAAUACUGAAGUUCAUAGCAACAUUAUUUGAAUAGUAAUGGGUGAAAACAACUCAAAUAUCCAUCAACAGAUGAGUGAUAAACCAAUGUGGUAUGCACAUACAAUAAAAUAUUAUUUACUGUUACCAUGAAAUUAAAUUCUGUUACAUGCUGCAAGAUGGAAAAAUUAUGCAAAA